UUCCCACACACACACACACACACACACACAACACCAAUCAUGAUCACCAUCCUUCCAUUCGAAUUGCUGGCACAAAUCACUGAAGAGCUUUCACAACAAGAGUUGCUCAGGUGCAUGUGCGUCUGUCGCAGCUGGUAUAGCACCUUCACGCCGAUACUCUACGGCCGCGUUAUACUUUCCAAGGACCCGAAACAAUUUCGACGAUUCGUGGACGCACUAGAGAAAUCACCCGACUUGCGCAAUCUCGUCCAUUCCUUACGCUGGUGUGCAGAGAUUAUCACCUAUGCCAACGUCGACAAUCUUUCACAGCAGUGUCAGAACAUUGGUUGUAUGUCUAUAACAUGGAGUUCGAGGGCAAUUCUGUCUCCAUUGGCCGUAUCCUUGGAAACCUUUUCUGUCCUGACACGACUUACGCUGGAAUACCAUGGCAAUGGGCUCGGUCCAAAGACGGCAGAAUAUGGAUCAACAAAACUUGCUGCGUUCCUAACAUCCGUACCCCGCUUACAAGCUCUAUCGCUCAUUCAUGUUAUACCGCUUGUCCGUUGUAUCGAGCUCAACAGCAUCCAUAAAGCAUGUACCGAGUUGCGCUAUUUGGAUGUGACAUGUGUCCAUUGGGAUGCCAAAUGCACUGAUAUUCCAGGGAUUGGUCCUUUUCCGGGACUACGUACGCUAAAAAUCACGUACGAACGAGCAGGAAGUCAAUGCACUCGCUUUUUGUCAGAAUAUUUGCAAGAGCACCUUGUACCACGAUACCCGAACCUAAGACAUGUCGAGUUUCGACGGACCAAUAGCUCGGAUGUUUUGGCUACUAGCACCUACUCCUCAUACGCAGGAUCACAACAGCAGCGACACCAACAACAACAACAAGCGGUUGAGCCGCCAUGGCUACUUUGGAACGACACCAUAAAACGAGCCAAUUUUCGAGGUUUACGUAAAGCACUUGCUUUUCUGGCCAAUGGUGCCGACAAUGCACGACUCACUCGCAUACUGUGCUCGACGUUACCUCGACGAUCAACCUAUCAUCUACUGAUUACCACCACAUGUCUAUCCUUCACAGGAUUCCUUCACUCGGACCACAACUGCAUUGAAAUAGACACAUUGAUGGAUCGCUUUGCUAUGGUGAACACACUUUUUCUCGAAACGAGCCACAUCAAAGUAUCCAGACAUAACAAAAAAUCCCGAGCACCAUUGUUGCGAUUACGAACUAUAACAUGCAAAAACGUUCAAAUGGACUUUUCAGCCAUUGAAUACAUUCAUCGACAUUGCCGUCAUGUUGACCAGGUUAAUUUUUCUAUAUGCCAGUCGCAUAACUGCAAUGCCAUCGGACCUCCUUCCUCUCCAUCACAAACAAGUACGUAUCAUGCAACAACAUCAUCGUCAUCGAAUCACCAUAUAUGUGAGCCGAUAGAGGCACAUAGUGUCCAAGACCUGCGAACGCUUUGUGAAAACAGGUCAACAAUCAUUAAUCUCUUGGCUGCAUGCUGGUCGAUAUCAUCAGCCUCCACUAUUAUCAACAAUUAAAAAUGAACAUGCCAUUUUUUUUGUACAUAGUAAAAAUU